UGGUGAGCGGUACUGCAGACAGGGGGCGGCAACAUGGCGGAGAGCGUGAUGUUGGUGCUGGAGCAGAGCGAGCUGUGUUCGCUGAGAUCAACACUGUUAGCAUGAAGAACUGGCAAGCGUCCUGAAACAAUCUCUAUCCGGGAGAGACUGCCGCUCUUUCUAGCAUCUUUAAAUGCUUUAUAGCUAAUAUUCUUACGCAAAGCAUAAUUUGUGGAUUUUAUUGGGAGAAAGCAGGAUAAUCGAAGGGUAUCAGGUGGUUCCAGAAUUUUCCUUUUCUUUCAAUUUAUUUCUGUCCUUGAUGCUUCUGCACAGCUAUUAGAGACAGAGACCACGGCCGCUGAUUCGGGUUCCGCUGGUGAUGUCGAGCGUGAAACCGGUAUCAAUGCCGGGUUCGAUGUCUCUCUCGGACCGGGAACCACCCCCGGGUCACGGGCAUCAAGAAGCUACCUGCUCCGUUACCGGUGAAAGGAUGGUGACGGGCUCUGGCUCAAUGGUUCUGCCGGCUGGAAUGAUCAACCCGUCGGUUCCGAUCCGGAAUAUCAAGAUGAAAUUCGCCGUCCUCAUCGGUCUGAUCCAGGUCGGUGAGGUUAGCAACAGAGACAUUGUGGAGACGGUUCUGAAUCUGCUGGUGGGUGGUGAGUUUGACCUGGAGACCAACUUCAUCAUCCAGGACGCGGAGAGCAUCGGCUGCAUGGUGGAGCUGCUGGAGCACUGUCAGGUGACGUGCCAGGCCGAGAUCUGGAGCAUGUUCACCGCCAUCCUGCGCAAGAGCGUGCGCAACCUGCAGACCAGCACGGACGUGGGCCUCAUCCAGCAGGUGCUGCUCAAGAUGAGCGCCGUCGACGACAUGAUCGCAGAUCUGCUGGUGGACAUGCUGGGAGUACUGGCCAGCUACAGCAUCACAGUGAAGGAGCUGAAGCUUCUUUUCAGCAUGUUACGAGGAGAGGGGGGCCUCUGGCCCCAGCAUGCCAUCAAGCUUCUGUCAGUGCUCAAUCAGAUGCCCCAGAGGCACGGUCCAGACACCUUCUUUAACUUCCCAGGGCGCAGCGCUGCAGCAAUCGCUUUACCUCCUAUUGCUAAGUGGCCUUAUCAGAAUGGGUUCACUCUCAACACCUGGUUUCGCAUGGACCCCCUGAACAACAUCAACGUUGAUAAAGACAAACCUUAUCUUUACUGCUUCCGCACCAGCAAAGGCAUCGGCUACUCAGCGCACUUUGUGGGCAACUGCCUGAUCGUCACGUCCCUCAAGUCCAAAGGCAAGGGGUUCCAGCACUGCGUGAAGUACGACUUUCAGCCCCGCAAGUGGUACAUGGUCAGCAUCGUCCACAUCUACAAUCGCUGGCGCAACAGUGAGAUCCGCUGCUACGUCAACGGACAGCUCGUCUCCUACGGCGACAUGGCCUGGCACGUCAACACCAAUGACAGCUACGACAAGUGCUUCCUUGGCUCGUCAGAAACAGCGGACGCUAACCGUGUGUUCUGUGGGCAGCUUGGAGCCAUCUAUGUGUUCAGUGAAGCUCUUAACCCAUCUCAGAUCUUUGCCAUUCAUCAGCUAAGCGCUGGAUAUAAGAGCACCUUUAAGUUUAAGUCGGAGAGUGACAUCCACCUGGCGGAGCACCACAAGCAGGUGCUGUACGACGGGAAGCUGGCCAGCAGCAUUUCCUUCACCUACAACGCCAAGGCCACCGACGCCCAGCUCUGUCUGGAGUCCUCGCCCCGGGAGAACUCCUCCAUCUUCGUGCACUCGCCCCACGCCCUCAUGCUGCAGGAUGUGAAGGCCAUCGUGACCCACUCCAUCCACAGUGCCAUCCACUCCAUCGGGGGCAUCCAGGUGCUCUUCCCUCUCUUCUCCCAGCUGGACUACCACCAGCAGAACGAAAGCCAAGUGGACUCCACCGUCUGUGCCACUCUGCUGGCGUUCCUGGUGGAGCUGCUGAAGAGCUCGGUGGCCAUGCAGGAGCAGAUGCUGGGAGGGAAGGGCUUCCUGGUGAUUGGCUACCUGCUGGAGAAGUCGUCACGAGUGCACAUCACCAGAGCGGUGCUGGAGCAGUUCCUGUCCUUCGCCAAGUACUUGGACGGCCUGGCCCACGGGGCGCCCCUGCUCAAGCAGCUGUGUGACCACAUCCUCUUCAACUCGGCCAUCUGGAUACACACGCCGGCCAAGGUGCAGCUGUCUCUCUACACGUACCUGUCCUCGGAGUUCAUCGGCACGGCAACCAUCUACAGCACCAUCCGGCGUGUGGGCACAGUGCUUCAGCUCAUGCACACGCUCAAGUUCUACUACUGGGCCAGCAACCCCACACACUCCAGUGGCAUAACACCUAAAGGACUGGAUGGACCACGUCCCUCGCAGAAGGAGAUCAUAUCUCUGCGUGCGUUUAUGCUGCUGUUCCUCAAGCAGCUCAUCCUGAAGGACCGUGGGGUGAAGGAAGAUGAACUGCAGAGCAUCCUGAACUACCUGCUCACCAUGAAUGAGGACGAGAACAUCCACGAUGUGCUGCAGCUCCUCGUGGCUCUCAUGUCUGAACACCCAGCCUCUAUGAUCCCCGCCUUUGACCAGAGGAACGGCAUACGGGUCAUCUACAAACUGCUGGCCUCUAAGAGCGAGGGCAUCCGGGUUCAAGCCCUGAAGGUCCUCGGCUACUUCCUGAAACACCUGGGCCACAAGAGAAAGGUGGAGAUCAUGCACACACACAGUCUCUUCACAUUGCUUGGGGAGAGGCUCAUGCUGCACACCAACACCAUCACCGUGACGAUCUACAACACCCUCUAUGAGAUCCUAACGGAACAGGUGUGCACACAGGUUGUGCACAAACCACACCCUGACCCAGACUCUACAGUGAAGAUCCAGAACCCAAUGAUCCUGAAGGUUGUGGCCACGCUGUUGAAGAACUCCAGCCCCAGUGCUGAGCUGAUGGAGGCCAGGCGCCUCUUCCUCUCAGACAUGAUCAAGCUCUUCAGCAACAGCCGAGAGAACAGACGGUGUCUGCUGCAGUGCUCUGUGUGGCAGGACUGGAUGUUCUCCCUCGGCUACAUCAACCCCAAGACCUUGGAGGAACAGAAGAUCAUGGAGAUGGUGUACAACAUCUUCCGCAUCCUCCUCUACCACGCCAUCAAGUAUGAGUGGGGCGGCUGGCGCGUGUGGGUGGACACCCUCUCCAUCGCACACUCCAAGGUGACCUAUGAGGCCCACAAGGAGUACCUGGCCAAGAUGUACGAGGAGUACCAGCGGCAGGAGGAGGAGAACAUCAAGAAGGGCCGCAAGGGGUUUGUGAGCACCAUCUCGGGUCUGUCCGCCCAGCCGACCUCCAUCAAGGGGGCCACUGGCGCCUCUCUGGAGCUGGAUGACACCUCGCAGACCCAGACCCCUGAGAGCGAGGCCGACUACCCGGAGGGGGCCGAGGCGUCCAGGAACCCCCUGGCCGACGGGAAGGGCCCCGUUUUGGCGACAGGAGGGAAAGGUGAAGGAGGAGAAGGGGGAGAGGAGGAAGAGGAGGAGGAGGAGGAAGGGGGGGAAGAGGGUAAUGCAGGUGGAGCAGCCGGGAGGGAGGAGGCAGGGGGGGUGCGCGUGGAGGUGCACGACCUGCUGGUGGACAUCAAGGCGGAGAAGGUGGAGGCCACGGAGGUGAAGCUGGAGGACAUGGACCUGUCCCCCGAGAGCACGCCGGCCGUCACCGCCGGUGUGGACGCGCUGCUCGGCAACGCCUACUCGGCCGCGGUGGAGAAGCUCGGGGGUGUCGGCGGGGUGCUUGUGCCUGAGUUGGGCGGUGCCAGACGGGCGGUGGUGGGCCUCGAGGAGAAGAGCGCCAGCGGGCCUCUGAUCACCCUCGCGGAUGACGACAAAGACGGACCUAAAAGCACGACUGCCGCCGUCGCGCCCGCUGGCAGUGGCUUCCUGUUCGGGGAGGUUGGCGCGUCAGGCGCAGACGCCAAGCUGCUGCCCGAGCUGGGUUCACGGGAACCACGGGUGUGGACGGGCGCCAGCGAUGACCGGGGCCUGUUGGCACACAUGACGGGCGGUGGCUCGGAGCUGGGCACUGGCCGCUGUGCCCUGGAAGAAGAGGGGGAGGAGACCACGUUCAAGCUGGCGCCUUCGCUGACGGACACGAGGCUAGUUGCUGAUGCAGGCCAGCUAUGCUGCGAGGGGUGCUGCGGGGCUGGCCGAGGUCGCUGCGGAGAUGGAGGUGAUGUGGCCGCCAAGGGAGCUGGGAGCUCGGCGGCUGCCGAUGCGGGGAGCACGGCCUCGGACACAGAGAGGUCUGAUGACGGCAAGGACAAGGAGGCCAAGAAGAUCCAGACCACCACCACCACGCAGACUCUGCACGGCCGCUCUGGGGCCCAGCUGGAGCGGGACCUGCGCGUGGACCUGGGUUUCCGGGGCAUGCCCAUGACGGAGGAGCAGCGGCGCCAGUUCAGCCCCGGGCCCCGCACCACCAUGUUCCGCAUCCCAGAGUUCAAGUGGUCACCCAUGCACCAGCGUCUCCUCACCGACCUGCUCUUCGCUCUCGAGACUGACGUGCACGUUUGGAGGAGCCACUCCACCAAAUCGGUCAUGGACUUUGUGAACAGCAAUGAGAACAUCAUCUUCGUGCACAACACCAUCCACCUGAUCUCUCAGAUGGUGGACAACAUCAUCAUCGCGUGUGGGGGGAUUCUGCCUCUGCUCUCGGCCGCCACCUCGCCCUCCAGCACCAAGACGGAGCUGGAGAUCAUGGAGACCACGCAGGGCAUGUCCGCCGAGACGGCCAACACCUUUCUGAGCCGCCUCAUGGCCAUGGUGGACGUGCUGGUGUUCGCCAGCUCUCUCAACUUCAGCGAGAUCGAGGCAGAGAAGAACAUGUCCUCGGGAGGCCUCAUGCGGCAGUGUCUCAGGCUGGUGUGUUGUGUGGCGGUGAGGAACUGUUUGGAAUGCAGACAGAGACAGAGGGAGAGGGGCAGCAAGGCUUUCAUACCGCACAACAAGUCUCAAGAGAGCCUGCAGAGUGUAGCCUGUGCCAACAAGGAUCCUGAGCGCCUCCUGCAGGACGUGGACAUCAACCGCCUGCGUGCCGUCGUCUUCCGUGACGUGGAUGACAGUAAGCAGGCCCAGUUCCUGGCCCUGGCUGUGGUCUACUUCAUCUCUGUCCUCAUGGUCUCCAAGUACCGGGACAUCCUGGAGCCUCAGAGGGAGACUGCCAGGGCUAUGAGCCAAUCAGGGAGGAGCAUACGACAGGAGAUAAACUCUCCCACCAGUACAGACAACCCUGUGGCCUUCCAAGACUCUGGCAGUGUACUGAAGGAGACACCCACCCCCAUGGAGGAGCUCCACCUGGAAGCCUCCCUCCCGCACACCGACUCCGGCAUCGGGGAGGAGCAGGUCUCCGGCGUCCUGAACGGGGCCGAAAUGGACGGGCUGUCCUUGGGCCCCGGCCGCAUCCCGACUCCCCCGGGCGCCAUGAGCGAGCUCCUGUGCACCUUCUCCUCUGAGGUCAAGAGGUCACAGGAGAGCCUGCUGUCGGAGCCCUCUGGCGGGGUGGAGGUGCUCAAGACGGCCUCGUCCAUCUCCAGCAUCAGCCAGACCAACAAGGGCAUCAACGUCAGGGAGAUCCUCAAGAGCCUGGUGGCCUCACCCAUGGAGGGAGCGGAGGCUGGCCCUGAGACCCUGCCCUACCCGGACCCCGCCGUUAACAGGGAGGCCCAUGCCAUGCUGCCCAUGCAGUUCCACUCUUUCGACAGGAGCGUGGUGGUGCCGGUGAAGAAGCCUCCUCCAGGCAGUCUGGCCGUGAACACCGUGGGCUCCGGCUCCAGGGAGGGCCUGGCUGCGGGAAGCACGCCCAACAUCUUUGCUGCCGCCUCCGCCACCCCAAAGAGCAUGAUCAACACUACAGGUCCGCCGGCAGAUGCAGCCUCCACCACGUCCUCCUCCUCCUCCAGCUUUGUGAAUGGAGCCACCAGUAAGAACCUGCCGGCCGUGCAGCCUGUAGCCCCCAUGCCUGAGGACACCAUGGAGAACAUGAGCAUCACCACUAAGCUGGAGCGUGCUCUUGAGAAGGUGGCUCCCCUGCUGAGGGAGAUCUUUGUGGACUUCGCCCCCUUCCUCUCGCGCACCCUGCUCGGCAGCCACGGCCAGGAGCUGCUCAUAGAAGGUCUGGUGUGUAUGAAGUCCAGUACCUCAGUGGUGGAGCUGGUCAUGCUACUCUGCUCUCAGGAAUGGCAGAACUCCAUCCAAAAGAAUGCAGGGUUGGCCUUCAUCGAGCUCAUCAACGAGGGGAGACUGCUGUGCCAUGCCAUGAAGGACCACAUCGUACGCGUGGCCAAUGAAGCCGAGUUCAUCCUCAACAGACAGAGGGCCGAGGACGUCCACAAGCACGCUGACUUCGAGUCAAACUGUGCCCAGUAUGCUGCUGACAGGAAGGAUGAAGAGAAGAUGUGUGACCACCUGAUUGGUGCCGCCAAGCACCGUGACCACGUCACAGCCAAUCAGCUCAAGCAGAAGAUCCUCAACAUCCUGACCAACAAGCACGGGGCCUGGGGUGCCCUGGCCCAGAGUCAGCUGCAUGACUUCUGGCGUCUGGAUUACUGGGAGGACGACCUGCGUAGGAGGCGGAGAUUUGUGCGCAACCCCUUUGGCUCCACCCACCUGGACAUCACUUGCAAAUCGCUGGAGGACUACGGUUCGGAGGAGGAUGAGGCGGUGAAGUCCAAGAAGGGCUUUCGCAGCCAGGCUGCUGUGAGCCAGAACGCCGAGACUGAGCUCAUGCUGGAUGGAGACGAAGACAACGUCAGCCUCCUGCAAGAGAAGGAGAUCGACAACCUGGCAGGCCCCGUGGUCCUCAGCACCCCGGCUCAACUCGUUGCCCCGGUGAUAGUGGCUCGAGGGACGCUGUCCAUCACCACUACAGAGAUCUAUUUUGAAGUCGACGAGGAUGACCCCACCUUCAAACGGAUCGACUCAAAAGUGCUGGCCUACUCAGAGGGGCUGCACGGCAAAUGGAUGUUCAGCGAGAUCCGCGCCGUGUUCUCCAGGCGCUACCUGCUCCAGAACACCGCCAUGGAGGUUUUCAUGGCUAACAGAACAUCAGUCAUGUUCAACUUCCCUGACCAGGCCACCGUGAAGAAGGUGGUGUACAGUUUACCCCGUGUCGGUGUGGGCACCAGCUACGGCCUGCCACAAGCAAGGCGGAUCUCAUUAGGCACUCCGAGGCAGCUCUUCAAGUCGUCUAAUAUGACCCAGCGCUGGCAACGCAGGGAGAUCUCCAACUUUGAGUACCUGAUGUUCCUCAACACCGUCGCUGGGAGGACUUACAAUGACUUGAACCAGUACCCUGUCUUCCCCUGGGUCCUCACUAACUAUGAGUCUGAAGAACUGGACCUCACUCUUCCUGGAAACUUCAGGGAUCUGUCAAAGCCAGUGGGAGCUCUGAACCCCAAGCGGGCGGUGUUCUAUGCGGAGCGCUACGAGACGUGGGAGGACGAGCAGAUGCCCCCGUGCCACUACAACUCACAUCACUCCACUGCCACGUCUACUCUCUACUGGCUCAUUAGGAUAGAGCCAUUCACCACGUUCUUCCUCAAUGCCAACGGCAACAAGUUUGACCACCCAGACCGCACCUUCUCCUCAAUCGCCCGCUCAUGGAGGAACUGCCAACGCGACACAUCUGACGUUAAGGAGCUGAUCCCAGAGUUCUACUACCUCCCGGAGAUGUUUGUGAACAGUAACGGCUACCACCUGGGCGAGCGGCAGGACGGGGCGGCAGUGUGUGACGUGGAGCUGCCCCCCUGGGCCAAGAAGCCUGAGGACUUUGUGCGAAUCAGCAGGAUGGCGCUGGAGAGCGAGUUUGUGUCGUGUCAGCUGCACCAGUGGAUUGACCUUAUUUUCGGCUACAAGCAGCGCGGCCCAGAGGCGGUGCGCGCCCUCAACGUCUUUCACUACCUGACCUACGAGGGCUCCGUCAACCUGGACAGCAUCGCUGACCCCCUGCUCCGAGAGGCGAUGGAAGCCCAGAUCCAGGCUUUUGGACAGACGCCAUCUCAGUUGCUUAUUGAGCCUCAUCCUCCUCGCAGCUCCGCCAUGCACCUGAGUCCGCUGAUGUUUAAGGACCAGAUGCAGCAGGACGUCAUCAUGGUGCUCAAGUUCCCCUCCAACUCGCCCGUCACGCACGUGGCCGCCAACACGCUGCCGCACCUCGCCAUCCCCGCCGCCGUCACCGUCACCUGCAGCCGCCUGUUCGCCGUCAACCGCUGGCACAACACCGUGGGUCUUCGAGGAGCACCUGGCUACUCCCUUGAGCAAGCCCAUCAUCUUCCCAUAGAGAUGGACUCUCUGAUUGCCAACAACUCCGGAGUGAACAAAAGGCAGAUCACUGACCUGGUGGACCAGAGCAUUCAGAUCAACUCCCACUGUUUUGUGGUGACCGCCGAUAACCGCUACAUCCUGGUGUGUGGAUUCUGGGACAAGAGCUUCCGGGUCUACUCCUCUGAGACAGGCAAACUCACCCAGAUUGUGUUUGGCCACUGGGACGUGGUGACGUGUCUGGCCCGCUCCGAGUCCUACAUCGGGGGCGACUGCUACAUCGUGUCGGGCUCCAGAGACGCCACGCUGCUGCUGUGGUACUGGAGCGGCCGCCACCACAUCAUCGGAGACAACCCCAACAACAGUGACUACCCGGCUCCUCGUGCAGUGCUGACGGGUCACGACCACGAGGUGGUGUGUGUGUCUGUGUGUGCCGAACUGGGCCUCGUCAUCAGUGGAGCCAGGGAGGGUCCGUGUCUGGUGCACACCAUCACCGGGGACCUGCUGCGGGCCCUGGAAGGCACCGAUCUGUGCGCCCUGCCGCGCCUCAUCUCCGUCUCCAGCGAGGGCCACUGCAUCAUCUACUACGACAGGGGCCGCUUCUGCAACUUCAGCAUCAAUGGCAAGCUGCUGGCCCAGAUGGAGCUGACCGACUCCACACGGGCCAUCCUCCUGAGCAGUGACGGACAGAACCUGGUGACGGGCGGGGACAGCGGCGUGGUGGAGGUGUGGCAGGCCUGCGACUUCAAACAGCUCUACAUCUACCCCGGCUGCGACGCCGGUGUCCGCGCCAUGGACCUGUCGCACGACCAGAGGACUCUAAUCACUGGCAUGGCAUCUGGUAGUAUUGUGGCGUUCAACAUCGACUUCAACCGCUGGCACUACGAGCACCAGAACCGCUACUGAGAGCUGGAACAGGAGAGGGACUCGGCCCAGGAAGGGGAGGAGGCCCAGACCAGGGAACAGGGGAGGCAGCUGCUGCAGGGUGUGGGUACAGUCCCAAAGCUCAACUCAAGUACAGCAGACAAAUGGAAAUGGGGGGAGAGAGAGAGAGAGAGAGAGAGAGAGAGAGAGAGAGAGAGAGAGAGAGAGAGAGAGAGAGAGAGAGAGAGAGAGAGAGAAUGAAAGUGAACAGAGAGGAAAAGGAGGGAUAUACAAAUGUGAAAGAUGUCAGGAGAGGACGUGGACCUUUUGGCUCCUUUGGUGAGAUAUCCAUGAGAGAUGCCCAACAUUGCCAUCAGUGAGACUUUGGACCCCAGUGCGUCUACAUCAACUCCCCUAAGAUGGCAGCUGAGCUGUUUUGAAAUCAGCAGAGGAGCAGAAAACCCAAAGUCUUCUUAGAAGGGGAUAUAGAAGGUGGAACACAUGGUGGAACAAUAAAAAAUGUAAAAGACAUCCAACGCAAAUAGUUGGGGAAUUCAAAAUUCUUAAGUAUUAUAUAAGUUCAAUUUUAUGCAGUUUGAAGAGAAUAUGACAAAAAAAAAAAAGAGUAAACAAUUUUUUUUUUCCCAUUCUACCUGAAGUCCAUACUAUGUUCCAGACUGUGAAAUAUAAUACUGUAAACAGCAGACAAAAUAUAUAUAGCCAACAUUUAUACAGUACACAUUUGUAUGCCAGAUGCACAAAUUGCCAUCACUGCUACAGGACACGUUUGAUUUCUCUCCUGUUUUGAUUUGAAGUAUAAAUACUGUAAGCAUUAUAUACUGGGACUGAGAGGAUGAAUCUGUUUCUUCCCCCCCUGUGAAUACUGGGGGGAGCUUAUUGUGCAAAUGCUCCGAUACUGUUAGUUUUAGUGUGUAAACGUUUGAUCAUUGCGUCUGUGCUGACCUGCCAUUUGCCAUCCUCCACCAGGCUCCAUUUCCGAGUCCACGUUUCAGCACACAGAGUCUCUUGUCUGUCUGAACGUCUGCCGUUGUGAUGGUGCCCAUCCGCUCGAUGGCGUCCAUCCGCCAAACGAGAAACUCAUGUGUAACGAGUAUGUAGAUGUUUUUUCUAGGCCACUUCCUUUAAUCCAAUUCAAAGUGACCGAUCAUUUGUGAGAGUAUUUCAUUUCCCCGAGUCUAUGAUGUAUUGCAAAACAUGAUCAGCAGGAAAUUGAGUUUUGCACAGUGCUGCUUUUCUUUUGGGUUGUGUUGCUGUAUGCAGUUUCUUUCUACGUCUGUUUCGAUAUGCAUUACGCAAUGUGAGACAUGCAACAAUUAUACUUCACUGAAAAUGAAAUGCAAAUGUAUGGAUGUUGCGCUAAAGGGCAACGCAGUUGGCAAGCGAUUACCAUGACUCGGUAGUUCAUUAGGGUUUUGCUUUAGGAACGUGUCUCACUUUCUUAUGUUAAACACCCUCUUGGUAAUUUAGUUAUAGACUGUCACGGUAAAGGAAGUGGGACGUAAACAAGGUAGCCCACAUAAAAUUCAACACAAAAGCAGGUGUCAAUCAUUUGACAUUUUCUUGCAGAGAAAGGGGGAGAAUUGACAUCAGUGGAUAUGAUUUUAUGUAUUUAAGUUGGUGUUUUUUGUUUUGUUAUAUUAACAUUUAUAAUUUUCAUUUUAUUUACAUAGCAGUCUGUAUUUUUUGGAGUGGGUGGGGAUGACGAGGGUCAUAGAGAAUCAAAUGAGAUAUAAACUGGGUACACGAGAAGAGAUGCCACUCAUUGUUAGCAUAUUUUGGGAGGGAGAGAGAAAGUGAGGGAAGGGAGUGGUUCAAAGUAAACCUAGCGCUUUAGCUGCAUUUCACUCAAGAACAUACCGUGCAUAACAACAAUAUGUGGUCAGUACGGCAACGACACUCAGUCAUUCUACUGUCUUAUGUUCAUUUUAGUGUCACACACCUCUCCCUGCUCUUUACGUUUUGAAACCAUGAGGCAAUAAGCAAUAUUACUAUCUGUUUGUAACAUAAAAACAACACAAGACUCAUCUGAAGAAGCUGGCAUUUUGUCAUGUAAACAAUUUCAAUACAACACGAUACACAAAAAAGUAGUAAUCCAACAAAAAUUAUUUUGAACUAUUUUUGGAUAGAGUAAGUUACUGUUACCAUGUUUUAUGACACAUAUGUAAAACAUGCCAUCAUAAGUUUGAGUUGAAGUUAGACUAAAUAAUAUGCAAAUGUUUGAGUUUGCCUUCUCUGUGUUUCACAUUCCACGUGUCUCCGCAGAAAGACUACCCUAAACUAGGCAUUGGUUUUGCAUGCGAGGAUCUGCUGACGCACAGGGAUGGUACCGUGUACUUGACUUUUUUUGUUUGUUUCUUGGGCAUCAUAUUUUAGAUUUGAUAAUAAUGUUGAUAAUGCAAGGUAUUUUGAAUAUGGCGGGGAAUCUUGCGCGACAAGAGGGAGUUUUGCUAAACAAUGAACCAUAUUUAUGCUAUGAUUUUUUUUUUUUUUUAUGUAAUAUUGCUUUGAAAAAAACUUUUAUUUAUAUUUAUGUACCUGCUGUUUAUUUACUUGGCACACAUUUGAAGCUCAUGGUUUACACGGUAUUUGUUUCAAGCUGUUCAACAUAACUUAAUGCUGAUAUAUCUAAAUUGGUAACUGUAAAAUAAGUUGAAAUGAUUUCCUUCUGUUGUUUUUUUAUAAUAAAAGGUGAGAAACCACUGAA